UCCUGAAAUAAGUUGAAACCAUUUCUGGUCACUCAUUUUUGCUUAUAGCAAAACUGAAGAAGCUGACCACAAGUGUGUCACGAUGUUUUUUUUAUUUAGUAUUGGACUUUUAUUUCUUAUUCUGAGAGGAACGGCUCCUCAUUCAUCAGCAGAUUUAGUUGUGUUUGCUGCAUCGGGAGACAGUGUGACUUUACCAUGCAACGUGAGCUCUGGGUCAAGGUGCUCGUCCAUUUCAUGGACCAAAGACCAUAAUGGCUUUGAAAUUGAUGUUGUGAGAGAGGGGCGAUUGGUGGCUCCAAACAUUACCUUGCUCAAAGACUGCUCUCUGCACAUAAGUUACAUGGAGAACGAUAACGCCUCCAUUUACACAUGUUAUAAUGGAAACAAGAAUUCAAGUGUUGACCUUCAGUGCCUCAUCAUUGCUGAAACGGAGAACAAAGACAAGAUUGAGCUCCACUGUUACUUAAACAAUUAUAUAGGACUUAUAAGGCCUUGCAACAAGACUGGACUAAAAAUCAGCUGGUUUGCAGAGGACAAUACACAGCUCAAAGGGGAGCGGUUUCAGAUUGAGAACAAAAUAAACUGCUUUUCAAAACUUAAAAUUCAACCUAAAAAGACUGACCAUCACAGAAAAUGGAAAUGUCAAGCUUCUCUAAAUGGCUCAGCUACAGCCAUAACGUCUUACCAAACAACAGUUUCAGAUGGCAUAGAGGAAGUUUUCGCAGCAGUGAGUGAGUCAGUAUCUCUCACUUGUACAAAGGUUUCCUCUCUUGCUUUGACUGACAAAAGCCAAACGUCGACCUCUUUCUCAAAUACUGCUUCAGCUACAAUAAUAAGAAAUGUUCGUGCUUCAAACUCAGGAGAGUACCAGUGUGAAGAUAAAGGAAAAGGAAAAAAAAUCUGGCUCCAUACAGUUGACAUCAUUUCAGAGAUGGACUCAAAAGGAGAAAAUGUCACACUGACUUGUGUGCUAACCUGUGCCAGUACCACUUGUGACACAGACUUCAAUCUAACCUGGUCUGAAGAUGAUACGCCUUACAUUACAAGUGGUUUAUUAAAAGGAAACAGGAGUCUCAUCAACAAACUGUCAGUCCCAAAGGUUCACCUGGGCACUGGAGACAGUGUGUGCUCAGUGCUUAGAGAAGGUGCUCAAGUGGCAACAAAGACGUGGCGUUAUAGCAACUCUCUACAUGGCCUUGCUUGGAUAACCCUUCCUAUAGCCUUAUUGUGCUUUGCUGCUAUACUGUUGUUGUACAGAAAGAGGAAGCACAACAAGUAUCCAGAAAAUCUACAAGCAAAUAUUGGUUUGACAAAUGUUUAUGAGGAUGUACAAGACUGUGGUCCCAAGUGUAAAAGAGAAGCCAUCACCUCAAAUGACAGUUUCUAUGAUCUACUACAGGCUGUGAACUAGCAUCUUCUCCCACAGCAAUGAAAAAUUCAAGCUGUUAGACUGCAGCCAAAAAGAUAAGAAAAGAAAGACAUAUUAGAAAUUACACAUGUUGUUUAAUUUAUUCAUAUUUGUUUCAUUACAAGCUACUCACAAGUGCACAUCUGCUCAUCCUGGCCUUGUUGCUGGGAAAAAGGUUGGUUGGUAAACACUAAAAUGUAAAACAUUGGGUAUAGUUGGAUGUAAAUAUUAUGUAAACAUUACAUAUUUAGUGGAAAUACAUUUCAUUUGCAUCUUUUUACUGUGUAUAUCAUUUAAUGCUGUUUAGCACGCAAACAGUAUAUUUUGAAGAAUUUGGUGAAAUUAUAAUCAUAUAACAUAAUUGAAUGCAUAGGACUAUUUCUACUUGCAAUGGAUUUACCAAAUAAUUAUCUGUAGCUCACAGAUUACAAAAUAAAUAACAAAGAGCAAAAAAUAAAUAACAGUAAUAAAAUAAAGUAGCAAAAAUAGCAGAAGAUAUGUGUGAAAGGUUUUCAAAAAUAAAGAAAAAAAUGUGCUCACCAGG